GUGGCUCGCAUGAACAAGAUUAUACGUUCAUGUCUGGGUGCAUAUCAUUCUGUGGCAACAGUUCCGGUUUGGUUAACGGCUCUUGCUCUGGCCUUGGCUGUUGCCACUCUGCAAUCCCAGAAAACACAACGAAUUAUAAUUUGAACGUUCAGAGCAUUUACACUAAUGGAUCCGGCAGAACCUCGGGGCAAUCAUGUGGUUUAGGUUUUAUAGGGGAAACACAGGCAUACAACUUUUCCACCUUAGAUUUUACAAAUUUAACGAAAAGGGAGACUGUACCCCUGGUGCUUGAUUGGGCAGUUGGAAAUAAGACGUGCAAAGAUGCUCAGAAAAGUAUGACAAGCUAUUUAUGCAAAGCAGCAAAUAGUAGUUGUUCGGAACCCCAUGGUCGUGGGUAUAUUUGCAAGUGUCCCCCAGGUUAUCAAGGGAACCCAUACCUUUCUGAUGAACACAAGGAUAGUUGCCAAGAUAUUGAUGAGUGCAAAGAUCUUGAUCGGAAUCCCUGCAAUGCUACUGCAACAUGUACCAACACUAUCGGGAACUACACAUGUAUAUGUCCCAAUGGAUAUGAAGGCGAUGGGAGGAUGCCGCCUGGAACAGGUUGUAGUCGAAAAGGCCAAUCCAAGAUCAUGAUUAUUGCCCUGGGUGUCUGCAUAAGCCUUUUAAUCCUGCUCGUGGGAAGUUCGUUGGUAUAUUGGGUAAUGCAAAGAAGAAAGCUCAAAAAAUUGAAACAGAAGUUCUUCAAACAAAAUGGUGGCUUAAUCUUAGAACGGCAACUUCUGAAUCACAAAGAAUCUGUUGAGCCAGCUAAAAUCUUCAGCGCAAAAGAGCUUGAAAAGGCCACUAACAACUAUCAUAAAAGUAGAGUCCUUGGCCAAGGAGGCUUUGGAACUGUUUAUAAAGGAGUUUUACCAAAUGGUAGAGUGGUCACCAUUAAGAAGUCCAAUGUUGUUGAUCAGAGCCAAAUUGAGCAGUUUAUAAAUGAGAUGGUUGUGCUUACUAAAAUUAAGCACAAGAAUGUGGUGAAGUUAUUAGGAUGUUGUCUUGAGACCAAAGUACCCUUACUAGUAUAUGAAUUCAUCACAAACGGGACACUUUUUGAGCAUAUUCAUGAUAAAAACCUGUCAUCCUUGCUCUCAUGGGAGAAACGUCUAAAGGUAGCAUUAGAAACUGCAGAGGCCUUAUCAUACAUCCAUUUCGAGACUUCUAUGUCUAUUAUACAUAGAGAUGUGAAAACUACAAAUAUACUUCUAGAUGAAAACUAUACAGCAAAAAUAUCUGACUUUGGAGCUUCAAGAUUAGUGCCUCUUGACCACACAAGAUUAACAACCGUGGUGCAGGGAACUUUGGGAUACUUGGACCCAGAAUACUUCCAUACUAGCCAACUAACUGGAAAGAGUGAUGUGUAUAGCUUUGGUGUUGUUAUUGCAGAGCUACUAACAGGUGAAAAAGCACUUUCCAUGGAUAGGCCCGAAAGUGAAAGAAAUCUAGCAAUGUAUUUUGUUACUGCAAUAAAAGAGGAUCGCCUCCUUCAGAUUAUUGAUGAUCGCAUUCUCAAAGAAGGUAAUACUGAGGAAAUAAAGGAAGUUGCUAAUAUAGCAAAAAAGUGUUUAAAGGUAAGAGGGGAGGAUAGACCUAGUAUGAAGCAAGUUACAAAGGAGUUGGAGGGAUUAAGACUUUCAGAAAAACACUCGUUGAAAAAGGUUGAUCCCAACACACAACAGACUGAACAAUUGCCUAAUGCACCUACACAUUCUUUGGGAAUUGAUGUUGACAUCGGCACCUCUUCCAUCAAUACCGUUGUUGCGGAUGACAACAUGAGAAAUCAAGUAGUUAAACCAACAGAUAAUGAUGCUAGAUAACUUGUUCAUCCCUAAGGCUAGCAUAGC